AAUUUUCCGAUUUUUACCCCGGUUUUUAUAGGAGAGAAACGGUUGUAUGUGAACUUAUACAACAAGACUCGAUCCUUGAAAGGGUGGCUUGUGGAGGGGUAGGUCAGCUUAUGUGUACCUACCUAUUCGAAUCAUUAUGGGCUGGGUAUUAUACCGACCUAUAUAUCCAGCAGCAAAUUCCCGACGGUGCUUUUCUCUAUAUUAGGGAUAGAGGCCGGAGAUCUAGAAUUCUCGUUUCUUCCCCCUUUCUGGCCAAAUUCAUACCUCCGUCUCUGCCACCAUGGAUCGUAUCUUCCAGAAGGCCGAGAACCUCCUAAGAGACGCGAAGGAGGCCUUGACGGGUGAUCAUGAGGAGCGUUUUCAACCAAAGCCAAAUGCCGGAGCCGGCGAGGGUUCCCAGUAUCCAGACGUCCCCAGGUACCGAUUCCAGUCCUUUGCGCCCGAGACCUCCGGCGCUGCCAAGUGGUAUAUCGAUGGAGCGUCGUACUUCCACGCCGUCUCGAUGGCCCUCGAAGAGGCUAAGGAGAGCAUCUAUAUCCUCGACUGGUGGCUGAGUCCGGAACUGUACCUCCGUCGCCCUCCCUCGCGCAAUGAACGAUACCGCCUCGACAACAUGCUCCGGGCUGCGGCCGAGAGAGGUGUCGAAGUUCGUAUCAUCGUGUAUAAGGAGGUCACGCAGGCCCUGACUCUUGACUCCGCGCAUACCAAGCAUCAUCUGGAGGAUUUACAUCCCAAUAUUAAGGUCUUCAGGCACCCCGACCAUCUGCCAACCGACCGGAAGAAGCUUGAGACCGCCUUUGCCGGAUUUUCCUUGGAUACUAUCAAGUUCAAUGAUUUCAGCCUAUCCAAGUUCUCCGGGGACGCAUUAAAGGAGCUCUACGGAUCCUUUGGCGACACAGUCCUGUACUGGGCCCACCACGAGAAGCUGUGCGUCAUUGAUCGACGCAUCGCCUUCAUGGGUGGUCUUGAUAUGUGCUUUGGAAGAUACGAUACUAUGAGCCACCCGAUCGCCGACGCCCACCCUGGGAACCUGGAUGAAAUCGUGUUCCCCGGUCAGGAUUUCAACAAUGCUCGAGUCUACGACUUCGAGGGUGUUGACAACUGGGAUCACAACCAGCUCGACCGGACGAAAAACUCGCGGAUGGGCUGGUCCGAUAUCACUAUAUCUCUGAAAGGUCCUAUCGUAGGCAGCCUCAUCGACCACUUUAAAGACCGAUGGAAUUUCAUCUUCGACGAGAAGUAUAGCAAGAGGGACCAAGGCAAGUAUCAAAGAAUAGAGCUCGGUGGUUCCAGCCAGGAAUCACGGGGAGGAGAAGAGGGAGGAGAAAGACAGCAUCACUUUCUAGAUGACUUCAGUCGAGGAAUCAGACACUUUAUAGGCGAAGAGGAUGAUGAACAUCGCCGAGGCCACCAACGUCGUGGAAGCCACGGCAGUUCCAGCAACCUCAAGAUCCAGCUAUGCAGGAGCUGCUGCGAAUGGUCUGGCGGCCACCCCCCGGAGCGUUCCAUCUUCAACGCGUAUGUCAAUGCCAUCGAAAACGCGAAGCAUUUCGUCUACAUCGAAAACCAGUUCUUCAUCACCGCAACUUCCGAAGAGCAGCGUCCCGUAUACAACAAAAUCGGCGCUAGCAUCGUAUCGCGCAUCGUCCGCGCCCAUAAUAACGGGGAGAAUUUCCAAAUCAUCGUCCUGAUGCCGGCUGUUCCCGCGUUCGCUGGAGACCUGCAAGCCGACGGCUCCCUCGGGACCCGCGCCAUCAUGGAAUUCCAGUACAACAGCAUCAACCGCGGCAGCAACAGCAUUAUCGGGUCGCUGCAGAGGCGGGGCGUCCACGAUUGGCGUCGCUACAUCGGCUUCUACAACCUGCGUAACUACGACCGCAUCAACAUAUCCUCGACCCUACGUCGGGCCGAGCGCGAGAGCGGCGUUUCCUACGAGAACGCACGUCGCGAGUACGAUGAGAGUAUCGGCGGCUAUCCUUACAGCCGUCGCGACACAGGCCGAGAAUACGGCGGCGAUGACCACAAGCGCGACAGCUACGACCGCUACCAGGCCGCAGCGUCUCACCUCGACAACAGCACCUGGGACACAGUGUCGAGCUGCUACAUGGAAGGGGGACAGGACAUCCGCGACGUGCCGUGGGACGGGAGCGAGGAGGCGGAGCUGGACGCGUUCGUGUCGGAGGAGCUCUACAUCCACAGCAAGGUGCUGAUCGCGGACGACCGGCUGGUGAUCUGCGGGUCGGCCAACCUCAACGACCGCAGCCAGCUGGGGACGCACGACUCGGAGAUCGCGGUCGUGAUCGAGGACGGCGAGCCGGUGGAGAGCUACAUGGACGGGCGGCCGUACACGGCGUCGCGGUUCGCGACGUCGCUGCGCCGGCAGCUCUACCGCAAGCACCUCGGGCUCGUGCCGGACGAGCGGUGGGACCGGCCGAACGCGAACUGGACGCCGGUGGACUGCGACCCGCAGCAGUACGACUGGGGGUCGCGGUCGGACCGGCUGGUCGAGGACCCGCUGAGCGCGGACUUCCGGCGGCUGUGGGAGGAGACGGCGCGGACGAACACGGAGGUGUUCAGCAAGGUGUUCCACCCGGUGCCCAACGACCAGGCGCGCACGUGGGAGCAGUACCAGGACUUCUUCACGCGGCACUUUACGAUCCCGGGUUCGGAGGAGGAGGAGGGGGACAGGAAGAAGAAGAAGAAGGAGGAGGCCGAGGCCGAGGCCGACCGCGGCGACAAGGUCGCGUACGGGCACGUCGUGCGCGCAGAGUUCCCCGGCGGCGUCGCCGAGGUCAAGGACUGGCUGAGCCGCGUGCGCGGCACACUCGUCGAGAUGCCGCUCGACUUCCUCAUCGAGGUCGACGACAUCGCCAAGGCGGGCCUCAGCCUCAACGCGUUCACCGACGAGAUAUACACGUGAGCCGGGGGGGUCGCGGGGGGAAGGGGGGCGGCGCAUGUAGGUAGGUAAUAAACACUGCCGCCGCCGCCGCUACGGAGAUGUGUACUAUCUAUGUGACUUGGUGUGAGUACCUGGUCGGCCUAGUUACUUGGAACCGACCAACGUAGGUAAUCAUUAGGUAAAGCAGUAGAAAUCAAGUGCAGAAUCGAAUUAUUAAAC